AUGGCAAUGUCUGUGAUACAAGCGUGCCGCAGUCUGGCUCUUUCAACAUGGCUGCUUUCCUUUUGUUUCGUGCAUCUGCUCUGCCUGGAUUUCACCGUGGCCGAAAAAGAGGAAUGGUACACGGCCUUCGUGAACAUCACUUAUCCGGAUCCCAGCGGGGGCGGCAGCGAGCUGCGUAGCGAAAAAACGGAGUGUGGCCGCUACGGGGAACACUCGCCCAAAAACGAGGUCUGGGGGCAGGUGGUCAUGACCUCGGCGGCCGCUGACAGGCAAACUUGCGACCCCAACGCUAGGUUCGCCGUGCCGGGCUCCGGCAAGCUCUGGAUCGCCCUGGUUCCUAAAGGGAACUGUACUUACAAGGACAAGAUUCGGCACGCCGCCUCCCAAAACGCCUCGGCCGUGGUCAUCUACAAUGUCGGCUCCAGCAACGCCAACGAGACGAUUACGAUGCCCCCCGCAGGUAUUGACGAUGUUGUGGCAAUAAUGAUCCCUGAGCCGAAGGGAAAAGAAAUAGUAAGCCUACUGGAGCGGAAUAUUACUGUAAUGAUGCACAUAACGGUGGGAACCCGUAACCUGCAGAAGUAUGUUAGUCGUACUUCUGUGGUGUUUGUAUCCAUCUCCUUCAUUGUGCUGAUGAUCAUCUCCUUAGCAUGGCUGGUCUUCUACUACAUUCAGAGAUUCAGAUAUGCGAAUGCCAGAGACAGGAAUCAGCGUCGUCUUGGAGAUGCUGCAAAGAAAGCAAUUGGCAAACUCCAAGUCAGAACAAUAAGGAAAGGAGACAAGGAAACUGAGUCUGAUUUUGACAACUGUGCAGUGUGUAUUGAGGGUUACAAACCAAAUGAUGUUGUCAGGAUCUUGCCUUGCCGGCAUCUCUUUCACAAAUCUUGUGUAGAUCCCUGGCUCCUAGAUCAUCGUACCUGUCCUAUGUGUAAAAUGAACAUACUAAAAGCUCUAGGAAUUCCGCCUAACGCAGAUUGUAUGGAUGACAUCCCUCCAGAUUUUGAAGCUUCUAUAGGAGGGCUUCCAACCAAUCAGAUUACAGGAGCUAGUGAUAUCACUGUGAAUGAAAGCUCCAUAGCAGUGGAUACUCCUAUCCGGACAGUUGGAGUAUUACAAGUUAUUCAGGAUGCAGAUCCUCUUCCGCAGGCUGGGGAAAGUAACAAUACCACAAGCAGUGAGCAAGAACCAGCAGUAAGUAGUGAUUCAGAUAUUUCAUUGAUUAUGGCAAUGGAGGUUGGACUCUCUGAUGUGGAGCUUUCCACUGAUCAAGACUGCGAGGAGGUGAAAUCCUGAAAAAAAAAAGAGGAAACUAUUGAAACAUCCUUCUACUAAACGAACAGUAGCAGGAAGAAGAAAUCAGUUGUGGUACACACAAUUAUCCAUAUACAUAUGUGCACAUAUGUAAGAUUUGGGUCAGUUGUAUAUACAUGAAUACCCAUAUACAAACGUGCACAUCUGUAACCACAAAGGCAUCCGGAACAUUAUGCGAACUCCAGUUAAUUCCAUUCUGGGAUGGUCAUGAAAAGCAAUAGUUACAGAUAUGUCUGCCUGGAUGCAGUUUCAUUAUCUAUUACAUUUGUUCAUUUCAUUGAAAAUGGAAGUUGAAAAUGUAUUGUUCCAAUCCAUGUGCCAGAAGAAUUAUGCACUUGCUUGGUGGCUUAGAACCAUAUAAUUGAAAUGAAGUCCUCUCCCCCCCCCACCUUUGUUUUUUGGGUUUUUAAGAAAGAAAAGGAUACCAUAAGAGGAUUAUAGCUGACAUUGAUGGACAUUAUUUUUCUUUCUUCUCAAUAACCCAAGCUUAUUCAAGUAUUCAGUUCAGAGAUCUGAUCAUUAUGGUGGGUCACCAAAAUGUAUGAAUGUCAGGCAUUUUCUACAUGAAGAAAGCAUGGCUUCAGAAAGAAAUGGUGCUUCCAACUUUGACUUGAUUUGAAGACUCUUUUUAUUAAGAUAUUAUCGGCCCUUGGAGAUCUGUGCUUCCAGGGACUUCCAGACAAGAGAACAGAGACUGGUUUGAUUGAGGUUGGCAAAUUGCUAUUUAAUCCUGCUGGGUUCCACUCUGAGCUUUAGGACAUUGAUGGAUAAUUUCUGAGUGACAGAAGAAGCGUGAAGACAACAAUCAUGAUGAAAUUAAAGAUCAACCAAUAUAUGUGGCCCUUUGUACCACUAUAUACUUUUCAUGCCUUAAUGGCUUUCACAGUGAUUGGUUUUAUAUUAGCUUUACUUAAAAAAAAAAGCUUUCCCAAGAACUUUCUGACCUAUGAAUGAAUGGAAUGUAUUGAUAUUAUUUGCAGUUAGAUGGAAAGAAAAUAAAAAUGUUGUAGGAAGGCAGCAGGGGUAUGGUAGUUUAGGGUAGGUACCAAUGGACUGUGAUUGUUUAUCAUACAAGGUAUACCUUGAAAAUCACUUUAUCCUCUCAAAAACAUUAUGAGUUACUCUUUAUUUUACAAGUGACCGUUUUCCAAGUUCCCAAGGAACAUUUCAAUGAUUGUGGUAAAGGAUAUUCAGACACAGCCUCAUAUUUAUUUUACAUUUUAACAUGGUUGGAUAAAUAACCAAUAAUCCAAUUCAGGGAAUCCUUUCAUUCCUAGAAAAGAGUAAAAUUGUACUAAGAAUGAACUGCUUUCCCAAAUACCCCUUAAUCAAAUUGAUUGUACCAUAUUUAAGUUCACCUUAAAAUUAUUCAGAAAGUCUCAGGCAUUUUUAUUAUGAUGUGUGAAAAUAUGCUACAAACACCUUUUAAUGUUGUUUUAUGCUCCUGAUGUAGAGUAUGUAGGCUAAACCUAGAUAACUUUAGAAGUAAGUCAAAACGUGAUUAUUUGUAAUCUUAUUUCUGAAUCAUAAUUCAAAACUGAAACAUUCAAAACCAAAUUCACUAAGAGUUGUGUGUUUUGCCCUAACUAAUUUAUGUUGAAAAUAAGUGCCAUUAGCUGCUGGAAUUUUAAGUGAUUUUGUUUUAUGCUAUCGCUUAAUGGGGUGUGCUAUUUAUGCAGAAGAGCAAUUUGUAUUUUAAUCAAAGUACUUAAGAAGGACUUUUCAUCUUAUUUUUUGUCACAAAAGUUAAGCUAAUACUUCUGACAAUAAAAAUAGUAAUUUCAACCACAGUAGAUAAACAGAGGUAACAGAGUCACUUGCACUUAUAAACUGAAUAGACAUAGACUGUUUUUUCUUUCUGUAGUAGAAUAGUACUAUAACAAUUCAUCCAUAGGUGAGCAAAAAGUAGAUCUAGAUCUACUUAACAGAUCCUGAGUAACUGGCUAUACAUCAGUAACUACUCCUAAUACCUGUAUAAUGACAUUAGCUACAAAAGGCCCUCCCCACCUUAAAUUGCCAUUUGAUCAAAGUAUUGUUUCUUUAUCAAAAGACACUGCAUUGCAACCUGAUCCAAUAGUUGAGCUUUUAGCCCCAUAUGUUUCCAAAUCUCAAUGUCUGACUUCUGUAUCAGCCUCCAGCUGGUGAAUCUAAAGGCAGAAAUAAUGGCAGUAAUAAAUCCUUGAAAACAGAGAUUUCCUAACUUCCAAAGUUAGCCCAUGUACUGUCUUGUUACUCUUCUUAUAUUCUGUCCCCCCCCCCUCUGCUGUUAAUUUUCCUAAUUUGCUACUCUGUGAGGAAACUGAACCCUGGAAAUAAUGGGCAAGCUUUGUAUUCAGCACAAUUUAUCAUGUUGCACAAAAAUUGGAAACCUUUUAGUGCAAAUGUCAUCAUUAAUGCCAUUUCUUCCUAUCCCAGAACACCUUUGGAUUCCAGCAUAUUUUGCAAAAUGCCACCUGCGACAGGCUAAGGACUGGCAUUGAAUCCAAAAGUGGAAAAGAUUAAAGAUAUCAUCUGCUUCCAUCUUUCUUUGUUUGGGAUGGGGAUGAAAACAUCUUAUGAAAUCUAAUUUUGGUGCUGUGAAUAGUGCAAGUAGAAAGUGAGUCUACCUGGGAAAGACAGUUAUUUACAUUAUGUCGAGGUUUGUUGUUGCAUCUGAUUUAUUAUAAGCACUGAAACUGCAAUUUUGAAAGCAGCUUGCUCUUUUCAAGAUCAUUACCUUUAACAAAAGACCACUGAGAAAGAUCAGUCUGCCCCAUCUCCAUGAAGCUUAAUGAGGAAUCUCCCCCAAAUGGAUGCAGUUAUGUCUGAUUCUGAAAUAACAAAGGAACUAGAAAUAUUAGUAUUCUCUUUAUUCCUAUUUGAUUCAAACUGGGGGAAAUUAAACCCUCCUCUACUAAUAUAAAAAGAAUCUUGGCAAGUAUAACUUGUGCUGCCACAUAUUGCUAACUCUGCCUGUGAAAACUUACCUGUCAGUUUAUAAGUAUGUGGUUGUUUUAAUAUUGGAAGAGGCUACUCAAUGUUCCAGUAUAUUAUUGUCUAAAAAUAUAAGGUAUCCCUGUCUUCAUUUCAUUUCAUUUCUAUGACAUGUGAGAUACAGGGGUGGGUUGCCGCCGGUGUU